CACAGUUUGUAACUUCUACUUCUGGCCAGCAGCUCGCUAGGGUUUGCUUGUUAAUUAACUGAAAACUAAUAUCUCGUCAAUUAUUGAUGUAUAUUCAUAUUUAGGCUGGAUGUAAGCUUUUGAGCAAACUGACCAUCCGCACAGAUCAUUAAAAUGUUGCAUUAAUGAACUUGAAGGGGAAAAAAAAUUCUCUGCCAAGCAAUACUUGGGUAACUAGAUAUUAUAUAUCACAACAAGUGAGAUUAAAAAAAAAACUAAUAACCUAUUAGCAGAUUUUUUGAUAGUGUUUGCUAACACAAUUUCAAGACUCUUUCUGGUGAACUUUUCUUGGAUGUGGAGAUUUUACAAGUAGUAUUAGAAUUCUUUGACAAAAGGAACAUAUAUGUGUGUACCAUUGGAAAAUUUGUGCAAAUAGUUAUUGAUAAGAUACUUAACAUCUUGACACUGUCAUCAAUGGGAGGUCAAAGAACAGAACAAUCACAAUAAGGAGGGAACAACAUCACACUAAGGACUAUACAAUAAAGACCUGAAUGUAUCUGUCAGAAACCGCCAGUCAAAUGUUAGCCAUGGAUGUGUUAGCAUUUGAUAAAAUGUCCAAAUCAAAUCGACGCAAGCAAAGCAAGCCACUACGGGUAUCUUACAGCGCCGAAAAUGACCCCACAUCAGAGGGAGGUGCCCCUUUUCCAAACCACAGGCCAUCUGAGGAAUUCAUCAGUGGACCUGCAGAUGGAGGGAAUGUUUCUGAUUCUGAAAUGCAGGACCAUCUACCAGCUGGAAAAGUCAAUGGUGGAAACCAUCACCUAGAUUCUCAACCUGAAAAAGACUCUGAUUCUGCAGAUGGGGAUAAAGUAAUUUCAAAUCCCAAGGAAAAUAAUAAUGAACAUUUUCCAACAAAAUACCAUCGCCUGGGUAGUGAAUUGUUUGCUGGGAAUGCUUUUCCAGAAAAUGGCCUAGUAGGAAAAGAAGACCAAAUCGAGAGAAUGGUACAAGAAGGAUCAUCUAAGGAAACUAACUCUGAUGAAGAAGGUCGCAAGUUAGACGGUCAAAGUCGUAUCUUUCAUCAGGAUGCAUACUGUGAACUUUGUGAUCGUGAAUUUUGCAACAAGUAUUUUCUUAAAACCCAUAAAGCAAAUAAACAUGGGAUUUUUGACAAUGCUUCACCACCAUUUUCCCUUGGUGCUGUAGGAAAUGGAAUGUCACUACCUCAAGAUACCAAUGUACCAUCAGUUCCAAUCACAUCCCCAGUUUCGCAGUCUUUUCCUCAACCACCAAUUUCGUCCAUGUCAUCCUUCAAAGUUAUGGACUUCAUCCAGAGCCUGCCGGCAUCAGAACCUCCCAAGACAACUAAAAUGGAUGCAAUGACGCCGAGUAAGGGAGAUAUGCUACCCCCAGUCAGCACCCCUCUAUCCACUAGCAAUACUCAGCCAUCAGUUUCAUCCUCAUCCAACUCCACUUCCACACCUAAAGUUAGCAAGGAUAUGGAGGAUUUCUGUGAACUUUGCCAGAAGCACUUCUGUAACAAAUACUACCUCAAGAAGCACAAGCAAGAUGUCCAUGGAAUUGCUCCGCCAGAUGGAUCUGGAUCUACCAGCAAACGAGGAAGACAGAAGGACCUUCAAGCUCAACUGGAUGCCAUCAACUCUGCAUCUGUAUCUUCCAAUUCACCUCUUAUACCUCACACACUUCCAAACAUGACAGGAUUGCCCAACAUGCCAGGUGUCAUGGUGCUGAACCCCUUCAUGGCUCCCAUGCUUCUUCCUGCAGGGUCCCUCAUGCCAGGAUCACAAAUUCCCACACCACCUAUGAUGUCUCAGUCACUUCCUACCACCUCUCACCAAGAGUCUAUCACAACUACAGCAUCCCCAAGUUUCACUAGUCAGACCUCACCAGGGUCAGUCCAGAAAGACUCCAAUUCCAUGAAUCAGGAGGCUUAUUGUGAACUCUGUUGUAAGGAGUUUUGCAAUAAAUAUUUUCUGAAAGUUCAUAAAGCAAAUAAACAUGGAAUGUUUAUGGAUGACUUUCCAUUUCUACCUGGGAUGCCAGGAAUGCCACCAUUUAAAUUUCCUAUGAGUGAAGGAAUGAUAUCUUCAUCUCCUGAUAAACCAUCAGCUUCCACAGCUGCAAUGGAUGGCAGGAGUCAAAUCCAAUCAGAAUCUAGUCCCAAACAUGGAACUUCCCUAGUUUCCUCAUCUAGUCCUGAAAACUCUGUUACCUACUGUGGAUUGUGCAAUCAAGAGUUUGCCAGCAAGUACACGUACCGAAUUCACCGAAUUCAGGUUCAUGGGAUGUUGAAUGAGGGUCUCGAUGGAUCCUUAACUGAAGAGAUCAUUAGGAAUUCCUUCAGAGAGCGAGAGGAGUUCUUCAGAUAUGCAAUGAGAGAGAAAGAGGAGGCCUCAAAAAUAUCACCUGGAUCGAAGAGUGGAGAUGAAAAAGACAAUGAAACCAAGAUGGCUGACAAUGGAAUGACCACCAUGUUUGGAAAUAUGGUUGCAGCUAAACUUGCAGACCGAGUAACAUGUGACAUUUGUAAUAAGGACUUGUGCAAUAAAUAUUUCCUUAAAGUACAUAAGUUCAAAGUGCAUGGAGUGGAUACUUCAGCCACAGACAACAAGUUUGAUCCUAGUCGAAUAGCCAAACAUCAGCUUACUGGAGACUUUGAACUCAUUAAAAAUGCAGUAAAGCAGGAUCCAAAAGAUAUCUCCAAUCAAAGUUCAAAAAUUCUUAAAGGGUCAGACAGAAUGAAAGACUUUCCGCAAUUUAGUCCAAAAUUACCAUCCUUUAUGCCAAUGCCCAUGCUACCUAAACCAGGAGAAUCACUAAGGGACAAAUCAAUUUCACCAAGCACCAACAUUGAAAAACCAUCAAGUGAAGAGCUGGUGAAAAUGGGAAUUGAUCCCGAAGCCUACUGUGAAAUCUGCAAGAAAGAAUUCUGUAGCAAGUACUUCCUUCGCACACACAGACUGAACAUCCACGGCAUUCCAACUCCAGAAUCGCCUCAAACAACUCCGGGCAAGAUCAGUCCAAUGCUGUUCCAACAAGUCAGUAACAUGCCAUUGAAUUUGAGCAUGAAUAGUGGCAAAAAGAAAAGUGUGUUUGAAAAGCAUUCAUGGAGAUGGAAGGAGCCCAUGAAUUCCUCAAGGGUCAGUUGUGACAUCUGCAAUAAAGAGGUCUGCAACAAGUACUUCUUACGCACUCACAAGCUAAACAAGCAUGGAAUCUUACCAAGCGAGAACUCGCUGUCCCCAUCCUCCUCAGACAUUGAAACACAUAGCAAUUCAUCAUUACCAACAGAUCUCAGUAUGCAUGAAAGAAUGCCACCUAGUCCACAGGCUGUCAAACUUGAUAGCAACAUGCCUGCAAUCCAUGGCAUGGAUGAGAGGUGGAUGAAGUUUGGAGACACUGCAAAUGGCAGAAUGAAUUCAGAAGAAGAUGGAGGGUCUUACAGUGAAAUAUGCCACCUUUGUGAUCGACGGUUUAAGAGCCAAAAGUGGUUGAAUGCCCACAUCUUGAAAGACCAUGCAAAAUCUGGUGCACUUCCUCCAGAAAUGAGAGAAAAAAUGAUAAAUGCAGGGAUGGAUCUUUGCUUGGACAAGAAAACUUGCCGAAUCUGUGAGAAGUCUUUCCCUAGUGAGCUUUCAAUGCAUCUUCACAUGAUUCAGGAGCACAAUGCACAAGUCAGUCUCAACACAGAGGAGAAGAGCCAGUCUGGACCCAAACGCAGAUCCACUUUAACCAGACCAAGAUUUGCUUGUAAAAGAGGAUUUUCAUUCACCACUAAACAAAAACUGUACAAUUGUGCUAUUUGUGACUAUAAGAGCAAGUGGUUAAAUAAUGUGUAUAUGCAUGAAUUGAAAGAGCAUGGAGUACUACAUGUUAAAAAUAAAUCAGGAUUAAAGAAAAAUAUUAGAAGAGCAGCCAAAAAUGUGAAACAGUACAGAUGCACAAAAUGCAACCUGAAAUUUGGAACACCAAUUCUGUGUCAUCUUCAUAUACGUGAGGAGCACAUCCGAGCCAAAAAUUUCUCUGUCAACAAAUUACCAAACACUCGUCUGUAUUGUAAAUUCUGUCCUUUCUCAACCAAGUUCUCCAAGCAACUACGACACCAUAUGACCCGCGUUCAUUGUGAUGGUCACUACGCAUCUUACGAAAAUCAGUGCAGCUACAACUUGGAAAACAAUAUGGCUGUACGAAAUGACUCCAUGAAUGACUCUUGUAAUGUUAACUUCCAGUUGUUCACUAUCAAAGACUGUUCUCUGGAAUCAGACUUCCGUUCCUCAAUGGCUGUCAAGCUUCCUGUCCGUCACCACAUGACUGACCCAGUCACUGUAACCUUUCAUCUGACACCAAUGGAGCAGUAAGAACUUGUUUUAUCUAGAUAUUAUAAUGUGUUCACGACUUUCUGUCAUAAGUUAUGUCCCUUAGUCAUGGGAUUAUUUUUUUUCAGACAGUUUGAAAUAUUAGACAGUUCAUGAUUUUAAGUUAUUUAUAGACACUUGACCAUAUUUACAUGGUGUUCCAUGUUGAGAAGAACUCAUAUAUUAGAUGAUAUUUGUGAAAGGGGUUCGAUGGAUUUUUCUUGUUUUGUGUUGGGUUAUUUUUACUAUUUAUAACCUGUAUACUGGUAAAGAUGAUGUGCAAUCUAAGUAUCUUUUUGUUACAAUUACUCACAUUAAUUUAUUUUGUUAUUGUUAUGUUGUUGAUGAGAAAGAGGAAAAUCUUUACCACUGCAAUCACCCCUUGCUUUAGGGUUUCACCCUUAGUUCAGAAGAGUCCAUUUUAGUAUAGUUUGAAUAUUUACUUUCAUUUAACAUGGCAGCACUAAGGGAUGAGAUUUUAUGUGUAAGUUUUCCCCUCUGAAGAUAUUUUUUUCAGUAUUACUGCAAUGUUAAAUCAAACUUUGUUUUCAGUUUAUCUGCACUUAAGUAUUACAGUACAUGAAGGUGUUUGUUUUUUGGUUUGAUUUAAUUUUUUGGGGGUUUUUUUUUGGAGGUCUACAGUGCAAAUGUAUUCACUUAAAAUGAAAUGUUGUCACUCUGUAUGUUUUUGGAAUAUAUUCGGUAAAUAGAUACCGCAACAUUGAUAAGAUUUUAAUGAUCAUUCCUGAGAAGUCAUUUGAAAUGCCUAGUACUUAUCCCUGUACAACACAUGUAACUAAUAUAUUUAAUCUUGUAAUCACAAUAACCUUUCAACUCUAACCAAUGUACAGAUUUUUUAUGUUUAAUUUAAGUGUAAAUUUUAAAAAAAAAUCAGGGAACAUUUGUCAGCAACUUUUGAGUAAUGAUUGAUGUAUGUAUGUGUUCUUGUGCAGUUUUCUUUGAUGAUAUAGUAUUAUUUAUUAGAUCCUGUAUACAGAAUGUUUUUUUUAAGGAUAUGUUUAAGUGUGUGAUCAUGUGCAGUAUUCGCAUUUAUUAUAAAUAGUAUACAUCACAAUUGCACUGUUGAAAGUUGUGACAUCUUUUGAUAGGGGCAUUAUGUGCAGUCGCUAGAUGUGCAUAUUUUUUGUACACAAUCUGUUGUGUACCUGCAUUACUUUAUUGAUGUGUUACACAGUUCUUCAAUCAAAAAAACGGAAUAAAAACCCCAUGUGACAUGCAUAGUACAUGUAGCGCCAUAGGUGGUCAGUACAAAAACUGGGCUAAACAUGUAAUAUAAAGAGAUAAUGACAUUUUUGUGUGGGGACAGUUUUUGCAAGUCUUGCCAAGAUAUUUGGGUGAUAUGAUAUUUUUAAACACAAGUAGCUUCCAUGACCACUUGUUAAUAUUAUUUAUUUACAAAACUACAUUGCCAAAAAAAAAACACAUGUUGAAGUUCUUAUAGAAACCGACAUUUGUUUCAAACUUAAUUACUAUUCCAUGUUUCUGAUCAGACUUUUAAUGCUUAGAACUAAUGUUUGGAGAGACAUAAUAUUAAAUACACAAUCAAAUCAACUUCUUGUCCCCUUGCAAAUCAUUGAUAUCAGUAAUAUAUUUUCAUUGAUCUGAUGUGAAUAGUGUUUGUAAUUUUUCUGUUGAUGUACUCCGUUUGAAUUGUGUGGUGUUUUAACUCUGGGUUGGUUGAUCCUGUUUUUUUCCUCUCAUUCCUAGCGUAUUUCCAGGAUUUGGAGCAACGGUGUAUAUUUCGUGCCCAUUUCCACUUAGCUUUGUGGUUGAAGUGAAAUUAUAUAUAUUUUUGAUAUGCCAUUGCGUGGCUCUUGUUUUUAACAGCUUAACCGUAUAUAAUCUUGUUUGACUUUUUUAUGUAGGAGAGUUAUGUAGAUGUACAUGCAAUUGAUCUUAUAUUUAUUGUUGAAACCAUGGUUCCACAUCUACAUAUUUUCAGAAAGUUUUUUUUUUUUAUUUUAAGUUCAUGAAAUUUAUUUUUGGUUUCUGUAAGUAAUAUAGCUACAUAAUUUCACUAUGUACAGAACUAGUGCAUCUUUUAUCUCUUGACGGACUUGUGCAAUUUGAGGAACUGAAAUUAACAGUUUCGAAAUCAAAGGUACCCUACGUUGAUCAUUUUUUAUUGGAAACUUGUUUUAAUUUAUGUAUUCAGAUUAAACGAGUUGUCAUGAGAAAUUUAUGCAUAUAAAUAGCCCAGACUCUUUUAGUCAGAUAUUUAAAAUGAUUGAUCUUCAAAUUUGGUUUGAUAACUUUUUCAUAAAUCAAAAGUUCAUUGAAAUACUUUGAAUAUUUGAAUAAGUUUGAAUUAAUGUGAAUUACAUCAAUUAAAAUACGAUUUAUUUCCAUCACAAUUCUCUUUUCACUUUGAAUAUUGUCAAUGUAAAAAGUCAUUGUUUUCAACUGUGAAUGUGAAACAAAUCAUUUUAAAAUGUACUGAAUUGACUGAUAAGAUGAUUCAUCAGAUUUUAAUACUUAAUAUUCCCCUCUCUCUCUCUUCCAUUGAUCAACACACAAAAAAGACUUGAAAACAAAACAAGAUUUUUCAUUUUGGAUAGGAGAAAGAAUUUUAUUUACCUUCAAAUCAAACCAUGACCCAUCUGUUGGUUAGUGUUAAAGGUUCACCGAUCACUGUUCAAUGACUUGAUAAAUUAACAGGAGUUUUACAUUUUUCAACUUUUAUAUCUUACCACCAGCUGUUUUAACUACACCUAUUUUCCUCUCUCCUGUACAGAAUGAUUCAUUUUCACCUAUAAUAAUUGGUAACAUUUUUCACAGGAAAGUUGCCAAAAAAUAUGAAACAAAAUAGAAAUGUUGGAGCAUUGGUUUCUGUACAAAUCAGUAAUAAUUUUGUUAAUUUGAGAUUCUUCUUUCUUUCUAAGAAACGAUUCAUUUUCCAUUAUAUUUUACUCCAUGUUUAAUGUUUAUGGUACAAAGCUAGUCAGAUUUAUUAAUUUUGUCGCAUUCCUUGGUACAAGGGUGGACCCCCCCCAAUGGAACUACCUCGAACCACUUCAAUUUCCUCACCAUGGAAGGGAAAUUGUAAACCGUGAAAACUUGAACUAGUCAUAAUUUAUAUUUCGUAGUGGCAUAGGUUGAUUGUAUUUCGAUGUACAUAAAUUAUACAUGUAUAUGGUAAUUAUUUAGUAUAUGUGUAAAUGUAAUUUUUUUUCAACUAAUAAGGUAAUACGGGUUAACCCUUGUCCAAGUGGGAUUAGGGAUUUUUUCUUAAAAAUGCAGUUAUAAAAUGUGGAAAUUUUUAUCAUUUGUAAUGUUAGUCAACAAUUUGUUCUGUAAAGCCACUGUAUUUUUUGGCAUUAUAUUUCUGCAAACAUUUUUUUUAAGAGUAGUAAACUUUUGUUCACUUAAAUGACUCCUAAUUGUGCACUUAAAAGCCAUCUUGCCAAUAGUUUCUAUUUUAUUUUCUAUUUAUGAAUCAGUUGAUACUGAUUGGGAUGCAAGUUAAUCCCAAGUGGUUGACUAAACAGUAGAGUAUAAAUGUUUUGUUAGGUGGGUUUUUUUUUUUGUUUGUUUGUCUGUUUUAUUUAUUUCUAUUUUCCAUCACAGGGAAAUAUGUUGAUAUUCAUUUUGUUGCCAGUUACCAUGGUUUUCAUGUCAAUACUAUUUGGUUACUUUCUCUGUAUAGUGGAGUGAUUUUUUUUUCCACCAACACACUGUCCCGUGAUGGUGUUUUGUAUGCAAUAAAUCUGAAAUGUUA